AACAAACAAUCUGAUUGGAUUGUCCUACCGAUAGUGAAGAGUGAGCGAGAUGGAUGAGUAGCAGAAUACUGUCAUGCGUGUCCAUGUUGGGAGGGUUGGGUUUUUGGUGAUUAGCCUGGGAGCUGAUCCCUUGGGAGCAGAUGGCGAAUUGUGGCUUACCUCGACUCAUGGAGUCUGAGGAGAUAGUUUGUACUGAGUAGCACAGCACUCAUGUCUUGGAAGACCUUAACGAUUUCAUGAGAAAGUGUAUAUAGCCUGGCAUGCUCUCUUGUUGACAUCAUGCUCCUCCUGCAAGACUUGCGCUUUGCAGUCAUCGUGCUCCUGCUCCGUGUCAACUGUCUGCACGGCUCCAGUCUUUUUUCUGCGUCCUCCUAUGAGUUCACCGCCUACAGGAUGCAGCAAUACAACCUGGCAAAACAGAAUCAUGGUUGCCGAGGCGCCAUCGUGGUGGCAGAGGCCCGAGCCGCCGAUGAGCCAGUGCUGACCCGCCGCUGUGUAAUCAUGAGGGUGGGCGACUUCACCACCAAAACAUACGCUGAGGCUCAGAGACAAAAUGCUGCCGCCGUUCUGAUUCUGCUGCCCCAAAAUAUGUCAAGUAUUUUACCUCAAGAAAUUCAGUCCUUCAUGAUGAGCGAGAGUCAAGCCUUGAUGACGGAGACUCUCAUGCCGGUUUACGUGGCCCCUGAGGAUGAACAGCUGCUCCACAUGUAUGAGGAGGUGAAGAAGGCGGCAUCUGCGCGGACCUCAUCGAUAUUCAUUCGAGUCUUUCGAAGUAUGGUCACAGCAACAGCCUUUCAGAUCUUAGUGACCAACAAUUCCCCAAUCAAGGCCAUAACAGACACGACGCUCGUUACACUGGAAGGAGUGCUUCCUGGAGCUGGUGAGGACAUACCCACCAUUGUGAUCACUGCCCACUAUGAUUCAUAUGGACUGGCACCAUGGUUGUCCUAUGGGGCCGACUCUAAUGGAAGCGGCGUCAUCAUCUUGCUCGAAUUAGCACGCCUCUUCCAGAUGCUUUAUAGUAGCCCAAGCACCAGACCACGAUACCAUUUAAUGUUCUCCCUGACUGGAGGAGGAAAACAAAAUUUCUUCGGCACCAAGAAGUGGAUUGAAGAGAACCUGGAUCACGCUGAAUCAAGCCUCCUACAUGACAAUGUGGCAUUUGUGCUGUGUUUGGACACACUGGCCAAUGGCGAUGAGCUGUACAUGCACGUGUCCCGUCCACCUAAAUCGGACACUCCCAUGUAUGCAUUCAUUCAACAUUUGGAUGAGGUGGUUUCCUCCAGAUUCCCUUGGAUGAAGACACAAAUGGUCCAUAAGAAGAUCAACCUUAUGGAGUCAACAGUCGCCUGGGAGCACGAGCGCUUCAGCCUGCGCAGGAUACCAGCGUUCACUCUGUCUCACUUGGAUGACCCCAAAUCAGAGCUACGGGGCUCCUUGCUUGACACUGCUUCCCAGGUGGACUUCCAGAAAAUUAAAAGGAAUGGUAUCAUUGUAGCAGAAGCGCUGGCACGGUACAUGUACCAUUUAUCAGACAAGAGCUCGCUGCGAGAUGUUCAGCUCUUCAAAGGCCGCUUGGACUUCCAUGACAGUCGAAUAUUCAGUCUCAUGUCCUUCCUGACUUCAGUCCCUCGUGCCACGCAGCUGAUGGAUAAAGAGCCUGCUCACAUCCUGCUCAUCAACUCGCUGGAGCAUGAAUUCAAACAAUACUUGCAGCAAGUCCACAGGCACACUUUUAGACAGGACAAAAGGGAUCCUGAUAUUACCUUUUUUGAUCAAAUGAGCCAGCCAGUAGUGAUGUACAGGGUGAAACCUGCUGCUUUUGAUCUGUUCCUGGGUGGCUGCAUCACGGCAUAUUUGGGCAUUGUUUACUAUGCAAUACAGAACUUUGACCACGUCUACACAAAACUAAAGGCAGCAGUAAAACCCAAGCACCACUAAAAAGACAGAAUGCGGUCGAUUUCACCGGAGGAAAUGUUUCCAUUGUCAUUUAUGAAAAAGACACUUUUUGUUUAUCGUUUCAAAUGCCAGACACUCUGCUGUACCAAGGCAAUCGUGAUGUGGGUUUGAUAAAUACGAUGAUGUCUGUCAAACAGCCCUUGCGCAAUUGUUGAAUUGAUG